UACUCUGGCGGCAUUUCUUGACAUCGAGGGCGCAUUUAAUAACAUUGAGGUUGACACCAUCAUAGACUCUUUGAUAGAUAUUGGUGUUGACGACAGUGUUUGUAGAUGGAUACGAUCGAUGCUAGUCAAUAGAAUCAUUCAGGCAACAAAUGGGGCUAGCUCUAUUAUACAUCAUGUGAACAGGGGCACUCCACAGGGCGGAGUGCUCUCACCACUGCUAUGGGUGAUAGCCCUGAACGGUAUAUUGCUAGAACUCAAUAGAGGGGGAGUCAAAGUUGUGGCGUAUGCGGAUGAUGUUGUAAUAGCAGCCACAGGUCCAUUCCUCUCUACCGUUAGCGAAAUCCUUGAAGGAACCCUGGGAAGGCUACAUGCCUGGGCUACGAGAAGCGGCCUAAAUGUGAACCCAGCCAAGACAGAACUUAUCCUCUUUACAAACAGACACAAACUACCACAAUUCAAGCUACCAUCGCUAGACGGCAAGGCGCUCUCAUUGACCCCCAGCGCAAAGUAUCUUGGAGUCGUGCUGGAUAACAAACUUAACUGGAAAACCAAUGUCGAAUUCCGUAGACAGAAGGCCUACAUAGCAUACUACACUUGCAAGAGAAUCUUCAGUAGAAACUGGGGACUAAAUCCUAAACUUGUGAUGUGGAUGUAUACCGCGAUCAUAAGACCAAUUCUAACAUACGGCGCCUUAGUUUGGUGGCCCGGCCUAAGCAGACAAUAUAAUGUCAGCAAGCUAAGAAGCAUACAAAGGGCAGCAAGCGCAGGAGUAACAGGCGCAAUCCUCAAUUUAAUUCCUAUUGAUCUCCACCUGAAAGAAGUGGCUAUGAAAUCGGCGGUCAGACUCAGAGAGUCGGGCCUUUGGAGGACUAGACACUUCGGACAUGGGUUGAUCAUAAAUCAAAUGCAAUUAAAUAGGACGACAGAUUAUAUGGUAGGCAAUUUGGACUUCAGCUGUAACGUGCAAGUGCUAUUCCCAUCCAGAAGGGACUGGAGAAGAGACCGAGUGGCCGACCGAGAGAAGAUCUCUCUAUACACCGAUGGAUCCAAGAUGGAUUGCGGUGUGGGAGCAGGUGUCUACUCCAAGGAACUCGGCGUGGCUCUGUCUCUACGGUUGGGAAAUAAUACAAGCAUCUUCCAAGCGGAAGUCCUAGGGAUCCUAGAAGCCUGCAAAAUCCUAGGCAAUAGAGUUGGACACAGCGGUAAAGCAACAAUAUACUUUGACAGCCAGGCGGCGCUAUUGGCAAUAGCCUCACCGGUUACCAAAUCCAAGCUAGCUGGGGAAUGCAAAGUAAUAUUGCGCUCAGUGUCUCAGUCAAAUACCGACUCUCUUGUCUGGGUUCCCGGACAUAGGAACAUAGAAGGCAAUGAGAAGGCGGAUGAGUUGGCGAAGGCAGGAGCCGGUUUGGAUGAAUCCCAGGCAGUGGCACUGGGUUGCCCUCUUGGAGUAGUCCAAAGAGAGAUUACUACGCAUUUCCUUGAACUGGCUAGACGCAGGUGGUCAGAUAUACAGACUUGCAAGAUAGCGAGAAAACUAUGGCCUGACUAUAACAGGGCGAAAACCUUGGACCUGCUUAGCAGAUCAAGGCCAGAGGUAUUUAGAAUUUCAGCAACCAUCACGGGCCACUGGCCCAUAGGCAAACAUGCGGCAAAAAUAGGUCUACCCCAUAAUAUGAUUUGCCGCAGCUGUCAACUAGAAGAUAGCGAAGAAAGUGUCCAGCAUUUCCUGUGUGAAUGUCCAGGUCUUUCGAACAAUAGACACAAGACGUUAGGGAAACAUCUAGUAGCAGAACUAACCGACCUAUCAGGAGCUACCAUUAGCGAAAUCGGCAGAUUCAUUAAAGAGUCGAAAUGGUUCGACCUAGCAACAUAG